AUGGAAACUCAUGGUCCAAAGCUUUUAGGGGCAUCAUACAAGGAUCCAAUAACAAGUUUUAGUCUAUUUCAGAAGUUCUCUGUUCUGCAACCUGAGGUCUACUGGUCAAUUGUUUUGAAAGAGCUUUCAAUUCUAUUUCGCGAACCCCCCAGAUGCAUUCUGGAAACCUCUGAUAAAUCACAACAUGGGGGAACAUGGCUUCCUGGUUCAGUUUUGAAUAUUGCUGAGUGUUGUUUGCUGUCAACCAGUUAUCCAAAAAAGCAUGAUUGCGAUAUAGCCAUUGUAUGGAGAGAUGACGGCUGUGAUGAUUUGGAGGUGAAUCAGAUGACAUUAAAACAGCUUCGAGAACAAGUAAUGUUGGUAGCAAAUGCACUGGAUGUAACAUUCUCAAAGGGAGAUGCCAUUGCCAUUGACAUGCCUAUGACAGUCAGUGCAGUUGUUAUAUACUUGGCAAUUGUACUUGCAGGCUUUGUUGUUGUAUCAAUAGCUGACAGCUUUGCAGCAAAGGAAAUUGAAAGCCGUUUGCGUGUGUCUAAGGCAAAAGCUAUAUUUACUCAGGAUUUCAUAAUGCGAGGUGGUCGAAGAGUACCUUUGUACAGUCGAGUUGUAGAAGCUGCUCCAUAUAUAGCUAUUGUGAUUCCUGCAGCCGGAAAGGAGGUAGACAUUCCGUUACGAACACAGGAUAUAACCUGGAAAGAUUUCCUAUCCAGUGUUCGUCAUCUUCCAAGACCAAAUUAUUACUCUCCAGCCUAUCAGACAAUAGAGUCUAUUACCAAUAUCCUCUUCUCAUCUGGAACGACAGGAGAUCCAAAAGCUAUACCAUGGACACAAGCUUCUCCCAUUCGGUGUGCUGCUGAUGCCUGGGCACACAAUGAUGUUCAAGCAGGAGAUAUCUUCUGCUGGCCAACAAAUUUAGGAUGGGUGAUGGGACCAGUUACACUCUAUUCAUGCUUUCUUACUGGUGCAACUCUGGCUCUCUAUCAUGGAUCUCCACUGGGGCGUGGUUUUGGGAAAUUUAUUCAGGAUGCAGGUGUGACCAUCUUGGGCACGGUCCCAAGUUUAGUGAAGGCCUGGAAGAAUACACAUUGUGUGGAAGGCCUUGAUUGGACAAAGAUAAAGUCAUUUGGUUCUACUGGAGAAGCCUCCAGUGUUGAUGAUGACCUUUGGCUUUCUUCAAGGGCUUUCUACAAACCCAUUGUUGAAUGUUGUGGAGGCACGGAACUUGCAUCGUCCUACAUCCAAGGAAGUCUUUUGCAAUCACAGGCUUUUGGAGCAUUUAGCACUGCCUCAAUGACUUCAGGCUUUGUGAUCCUUGAUGAACAUGGGUUUCCAUAUCCAGAUGAUCAAGCUUGUGUUGGUGAAGUGGGUUUAUUUCCUCUGUACAUGGGAGCAACUGAUAGACUGCUUAAUGCUGAUCAUGAGGAAGUGUACUUCAAGGAAAUGCCAAUAUACAAAGGGAUGGUAUGCUGUUUCAGAGAAAUCUUUCCCCCUGCUAGAAAUAUUAUUGAUCAGCGCCUUAGGAGACACGGAGAUAUCAUUAAGAGAACAACUGGAGGCUAUAUUAUGGUCCAAGGCAGGGCUGAUGACACUAUGAAUCUUGGUGGCAUAAAGACAAGUUCAAUCGAAAUUGAGCGCGUUUGUGAUAGGGCUGAUGAAAGUGUCUUGGAAACUGCUGCAGUAAGUGCUUCACCAGUAAAUGGUGGUCCAGAGCAGUUGGCUAUAUUUGUGGUAAUAAGGAAAGGAUUUAGCAUUGAACCGGCCAAACUAAAGACGAAAUUCUCAAAAGCCAUCCAAAGCAACCUUAACCCUUUAUUUAAGGUGACCUUUGUAAAGAUUAUCCCAGAGCUUCCUCGAACCGCUUCAAAUAAGAUAUUACGGAGAGUUUUGAGGGACAAACUGAAGCGGGAGCUUCACAUUCAGAGCAGAAUCUAACUGCAUCAUGAACAGUUGGUGUGGCAAUUUUCAGUCGUUUAUUAUGGUUGUGAUAUGAUGGGUGAAUGAGAAACAAUUAGAACCUUCAAGGUUCAUAUAUUUUGAUUGCCAAAAUAUUGAGGAAAUGUGAAUUUUACGUUGUUUGAUGAGUCAUUUACCAAUAUGAUGAUUGUGUGGCUGUGUUAUGAUUGUAAAACAGCUAUAGAAUAUUGUAGAAUAGAAUCCUUG